AUGGCUGUGCGAGCAAUUUUGACCUUUAUUGCCCUGCUGAGCAUUUACAAUGCAAAAUAUGGAGAGAGCCAGUACGUUGACCCUGUCCCAUUCCCACCAGCUCCACCUACAUCUGCGAAUGUUGGUGCUAUUUGUUCCUAUGGAAACUAUGGCCCCCGUUACCCCGAUAACUCAAUCCCAAGAUCAUGGAGCAGCCACUCCCGCCGCCGGGCUGCGGCCAUCAACCGCCUCGAGUCCGGGUACCAGCUGUGCUGCAACAAGACGCCUGUCCACACCAAGCUCAGCUGCGCUUAUCAAGCUUGGAUGGAGAGUCUAUCGCAGUUCUGUGUGGAGGAGUUUUCCACGAUGACGGUCGCCUAUCACUGCUGCAGAGUGGAGGACACUGUUCGCUGGAGCUGUUUCUACUCCAGCUCCAGACAGACCCAUGGUUAUUAA